AUGCAAGUCACUACGGAGACCAAAGGACAUUCAUCCCACAGUUCCCGGGGCCUGGGCUUCACCCUCACGCCAGCCCACCACCCACAGGACAUUUUCCUCAUGAUCUGGUGCCACAAGACCACCAUCUUCACAGACGCCAAGGAAUCCAGCAGGAUGUUCAAGAUGAAGCGCAAUGUCAAGGGCAUCCUCAAGUGGCUGCCCGAAGAGCAGUGGCUGUACAAGGAUGACCAACUCUUGGAUGAUGGCAAGACACUGGGUGAGUGUGACUUCACCAGCCAAACAGCAUGGCCACAGGCCCCAGCCACAGCGGGGCUGGCCUUCCAGGUGGAUGACACCUUUGGGGGCCUGUGCAUCGAGCUAUUCUACAGCCCGCCCAAGCUGCCCAAUGCGAUGAAGCCCCAGGACUUGGGAAGCAGUGCCAAUGAACAAGCUGUGCAGUGA